AUGGCGACAAUCCUCCAUCAGACCUUGUCGUUAUGUACAAUGGAACGAUGUCUUACGGUGACCUCCUGGGACCCACUACAAUGCUGCAGCCCUGAAGAGCUGUCCCGUCUCGACGAGAGAUUCGAUUACGCAUUGCGAGACAUCACCUGUCUAGUCUUUUGGACGGGAAUAUCCCCAGACCGGGCUCGGUGCUGGGCCGAGCAGCAUGGCCUGCCAACAUUAACUAUUGCGAUGGGUCCCCUAUAUAGUGAUCGUGGGGCAGGGAGUCUGAGGCAUAACAAGUCACCCAAGGCGUGGUCUAAGUAUAUGAAGGCGGCUUCCGGUCGAUUUGCAGAAUAUGCGUGUCGUAGUGGCCGGCAAGCAGUUGUACUGACGAACCCUCCACCGGGUAUCUACAGCACGAGAGAGCGGUCCAACUAUCGCGACCUGGAAGAGCCGAUCUUGAAAGGUGCUUCAGGAGGACCUGGUACCACCCGGAUCGAAUAUGUCCAUCCUUUGGUCGCGGGUGCGGCAACUUUUCAAUAUCAAAUCUGGCCCUUCGACAACACGAGCGCGUGGUAUAUAUUCUUCAAGAACCUCCUGGCAAAGGGAGGUAGAACUCGGGACAGCUUCGACAUAUCCGUCAAGAAUCAGGUCGCCGUCAAGGCGUAUCAGAUACCGGGCGGGGUAGUGCAAUUACAGAACAACGCACAGCUUCCAAACGAGACCAAACUCCUUGAAACACAAACACAAGCAGAAACAGCGCAAAACAGGGCCCAGGCAAAGAAAGAGGCCAAGCGCAAGCGGUUCGAGCGGGAGCGCCAGAGAGCAAGUGAAAAGAAAGAAGCUGAACGAAAGCAAGUAGAGUUGGAGCAUCUGAAAGCACGCGAGAAGGAAGCCAAGCGACAGCGGCACGCGUUGGAUUUGCGAAUGAUUCAAGAGAAGAAGGAAGCCAAGCGACAGCGGCACGCGCUGGAGCUACGAAUAGCUCAAGAGAAGAAGGAAGCCAAACGAAAGCGGCUACAGUUAAGUAUCGCGGGAGAAGAAAGAUGCAAAACGGAAGCGAGUUGA